ACCCCGGCAGUGGCGGCGCCGGCGGAGGGGCGGGGCGCGAGCGGCUUUGGGUAAUGGCAGCGCUGUGAGGACGGAGCGGGGCAGCGACCGCGGCCGAGGGCAGGAGCGAGGGAGGCCGGGCGGGGGUCGCUGACUCGGGCCCCGGGCCGCCAGAUUAACACUAAAGCCCCACAAUGUCCUUGAAACCACGAGUAGUUGACUUUGAUGAAACAUGGAACAAACUUCUAACAACGAUUAAAGCUGUUGUUAUGUUGGAUUAUGUUGAAAGAGCAACGUGGAAUGAUCGCUUCUCAGACAUUUAUGCUUUGUGUGUGGCCUAUCCCGAACCUCUUGGAGAGAGACUUUAUACUGAGACUAAAAUUUUUUUGGAGAAUCAUGUACGCCAUUUGCACAAGAGAGUUCUGGAAGCUGAGGAACAAGUACUGGUUAUGUAUCACAGAUACUGGGAAGAGUAUAGCAAAGGGGCAGACUAUAUGGACUGUUUGUACAGGUACCUCAACACACAGUUUAUUAAGAAGAACAAAUUGACUGAAGCUGAUCUUCAGUAUGGUUAUGGGGGGGUGGAUAUGAAUGAACCCUUGAUGGAAAUUGGUGAGCUAGCUCUUGAUAUGUGGAGAAAAUUAAUGAUUGAGCCACUGCAGGCCAUCCUUAUUCGGAUGCUCCUCCGAGAAAUAAAAAAUGAUCGCUGUGGAGAAGACCCAAACCAGAAAGUAAUCCAUGGGGUUAUUAACUCCUUUGUUCAUGUUGAACAGUAUAAGAAAAAAUUCCCCCUAAAGUUUUAUCAGGAAAUUUUUGAGUGUCCUUUUCUGAAUGAAACAGGGGAGUAUUAUAAACAAGAAGCUUCAAACUUAUUGCAAGAGUCAAAUUGCUCACAGUACAUGGAGAAGGUUUUAGGUAGAUUAAAAGAUGAAGAAAUGCGAUGUCGGAAGUACUUGAAUCCCAGCUCAUAUGGCAAAGUGACUCAUGAAUGCCAACAGAGGAUGGUAGCUGAUCACUUGCAGUUUCUACAUGCAGAAUGUCACAAUAUUAUCAGACAAGAGAAAAGAAGUGACAUGGCCAAUAUGUAUACUCUGCUUCGUGCUGUGUCAAGUGGUUUACCUCGUAUGAUUCAGGAACUCCAAGACCAUAUCCAUGAUGAGGGCCUUAGAGCAACCAGCAAUCUUUCUCAGGAAAAUAUGCCAACUCAGUUUGUGGAGUCAGUUUUGGAAGUACAUAGUAAAUUUGUUCAACUGAUCAACACUGUUUUGAAUGGUGAUCAACACUUUAUGAGUGCCCUUGACAAGGCCUUGACAUCAGUAGUUAACUAUCGGGAGCCCAAGUCGAUCUGUAAAGCGCCUGAGUUGCUGGCCAAAUACUGUGACAACUUGUUAAAGAAAUCAGCAAAAGGAAUGACAGAGAAUGAAGUAGAAGACAAGCUGACAAGUUUCAUUACUGUUUUCAAAUACAUUGAUGACAAAGAUGUAUUCCAAAAGUUCUAUGCCAGAAUGUUGGCAAAGAGAUUAAUUCAUGGUUUGUCUAUGUCUAUGGAUUCUGAAGAAGCGAUGAUAAAUAAACUAAAGCAAGCCUGUGGUUAUGAAUUCACCAGCAAGCUUCAUCGAAUGUAUACAGACAUGAGUGUUAGCGCUGAUCUCAACAAUAAAUUCAACAACUUUAUCAAAAACCAGGACACAAUCAUUGAUUUGGGAAUUAGUUUUCAGAUAUAUGUUCUACAGGCUGGUGCGUGGCCUCUUACUCAGGCUCCUUCUUCUACGUUUGCAAUUCCUCAGGAACUGGAAAAAAGUGUACAGAUGUUUGAAUUAUUUUACAGUCAGCAUUUUAGUGGAAGGAAGCUUACUUGGUUACAUUAUCUUUGUACAGGUGAAGUGAAAAUGAAUUAUUUGUGCAAACCUUACGUAGCCAUGGUCACAACAUACCAAAUGGCAGUGUUGCUUGCCUUCAACAACAGUGAGACUGUCAGUUACAAGGAGCUUCAGGACAGUACACAAAUGAACGAGAAGGAACUGACAAAAACCAUCAAAUCUUUGCUUGAUGUCAAAAUGAUCAACCAUGACUCAGACAAGGAAGAUAUAGAGACAGAGUCUACAUUUUCAUUAAAUAUGAACUUCAGCAGUAAACGAACAAAGUUUAAAAUUACCACAUCAAUGCAGAAAGACACGCCACAGGAGAUGGAGCAGACCCGAAGUGCUGUAGAUGAGGACAGGAAGAUGUAUCUUCAAGCUGCUAUAGUCCGCAUCAUGAAAGCACGUAAGGUGCUGCGACAUAACGCUCUUAUUCAGGAGGUAAUUAGCCAAUCAAGAGCUAGGUUUAACCCCAGUAUCAGCAUGAUUAAGAAGUGUAUUGAAGUCCUGAUAGACAAACAGUACAUAGAGCGAAGCCAGGCCUCUGCAGACGAAUACAGUUAUGUAGCAUGAUGUUGCAAUCCUGCAGGUAUGAUUGUAAGGAGAUCAUUGCUGUCACUGUUUGGUGUGUUCCUGUGGGAAGAGGCAGGCCUGUGCCUCCAUAAUUGGUCACUUGGCAGCCCCUGUUUUUCUGCUGUUUACAACAUCACCAGUGCCAUGUCAUGAGCGUCAAUGAAAAUGCCUAUAGAUAUUUCAAGCUCAUGUCAUUAUGACAUUUCUUAAAACUUUACUAAAGAAUGAGUGAAGUAUUGCUGAAAUGUGGAGAAUUGGUUGGGUACCAUGCUUUUUUUUUCCCCCCCCUCCCCUUUCACGUUUGCAGUUGAUGUUUUUUAAUGUAUCUUAAGACAAAGUAAAAGAAAAUCACACAAAAAACCUAAAUAUUGUAAUAUGACAGAUAACCUAAUAAUUGUAUCUACAUUAAAAUGUAAAAAAACAAUGACGAACAUGAUACUGCUGCUUGUCAAAUAAAAAAAUAAAGUUAUAUAAUGUGUCUUGAA